UUAUGCUCAGUCUUUCUCGUUGUAACGAGCCGGUAUCACGCGCUAACUCUUUCCGUUACGAUCACCGAUCCUACCAAUCGUUCAACAUUCGUUCAAACGAGUCGUUUCUUUUCGUGAUCCUUAAGCAGGCGCCUCGUAUCACGAUGACUAGUUCGAACCAACUUCCCACUUUUAGUUUCUAGUCGACGCUUUUCGGUUGCCGGCUGCCUCCGAGCAACUUCGUCGCUUCAUUUUUUUCCCGGUAAAUUCAUGUGAAAACAAUUCAGAUACUUUGCUUCGUUAGCGAUAGGACGAGAUGAGGGCGAGGUUUCUUCAAUCGGUGCUCGUCGUUGUGAGCGCCAAGAUACUCUUGCCAGUUACCGAUGGUACGGAGAGGAUCGAACAAGCUGAUCCUGGAUCAAGGAGUAAUACUAACAGUAGUACUAAUGGUGGCAAUAAUCAUGGCUCCGACCGCUAUCAGCAUAAUCAUCAACAGCAGCAGUACAAUAAUCAUAACAAAGUAUCAAAGCGCGCUAAACCACUGGAUCCGUCGGAGUAUGAUUACUAUUACGAGGAUGAGGAUGUUGACGAGAGGAACAAUCCAACGAACGAGGGUCCUGUAGUACCACCAGGAUUUCUCAGUCCAUCGGUACGGGAAUAUCUCGAUCUCGGUAAAUCGAUACCCGGUCGACCAGGAACCGAUUAUCCGGUAUUGGGAAAAGUGCCAUACACGAAUUUUUACUGUGACGAUCAACCGUAUCCAGGAUUUUUUGCUGACGUUGAAACUCGUUGUCAGGCUUGGCACUAUUGUGACAUAGACGGAAGACAAGCAACAUUUCUUUGUCCGAACGGAACGCAAUUCAGCCAAGCGGUAUUCGUCUGUGAUUGGUGGUUCAACGUGAGAUGCGAGCUGAGCCCAAAACUUUAUGCAAUAAACAGCAGACUCUACCAGAAGCCUACGGAGAGUCCAACGCGCCCUCACCGCUUGAUCACGAAGGAACUUUUGGAAAACAUAUUCGUCCGAAGGAAAUGAUUAAAAAAUCACUUCCGUUCAGAGCACAAAUAUCUCGAUCACUCGAUUCUUUCGUGUUCGCGAUCGAAGGAAGCGGUGAAACAGAGUUGACAGAUUUGUCAUGAAGGGAGCUCGUCUAAGGAACUCCUCGUGUGAGGUGACAAUCGAAUUUGAAGAUCCUCAUUUUUUUCGCUCCGGCAUUUGCCAAAGUUUGGCACGAUCAAAGUCGUCUUAAUUUAAGAACUUCCUGAGUGUGCUACGGUCUCGCAUUUCAGCUGUAACUAAUGCUCUCGAAAACGAAACUUUGUCACGGUAUUAGGCUAGACUUUGUAUAGUUUAUGUUACGAUGUAAAUGCGAGAGAUUUCGUUGCUGCUCAACUUGUCUCUAAUGCGACUAUUCCAACACCCAAUAAGCUCGAGGCGUGAGUGAAAACGCAACUGAUCAAUACUGCUGUAUAUUAUGAAUAAGAAAUAAAGUAUAAAGGUCUACCAUUUUUACAAGAAA